AUGGGGAACAGGCAGGGUCAGCGGCCAGGGCGCAGGCAGAGGCAGCAAAGAUGUCAGGAAAUAAAACGCACUGCCAAGUGGCUGAAAAUACUCAGAGACUGGACAAAAUAUAAGAACAGCAGGAAGCUGUCUCAAAGCGUGUACAAAGGCAUUCCCCUGGUGGUGUGAGGCUGGGCGUGGUCACUUCUGCUAGACAUUGACAAAGUCAAGUCUCAGAACCCGGGAAAUACAAGCCCUACCCUACAGGUCAUGAAGGAGAAAGGCAAGAGGUCCUCCAGGAUCACCCACCACAUCAAGGUAGAUGCCAGCCGCACCCCGCAGAACCACACGAUGUUUAGAGAAGGAUUCAGAGCACAGGAAUUAUGUGACAUCCUCGUGGCCUAUUCUGCAUAUAACCCUGUGAAUACUGGGCAGCAAUAUUCCUGGGCCCUGUGCCCAUAUUCACAGGCAUGGGUGUCUCUCGGGGGUGUCAGCACUUCUGGAAAAUUCAGUGUUCGUGACCCACCAGCACGAGGUGGGCUACACAGGGACCUGAGCCAUGUCACCGCCAUCCUCCUCCUGUAUCUGCUGGAGGAAAAUGCUUUCUGGGUGCUGGCCCAGCUGCUGGUCGGUGAGGGGCACUCCCUGCAGGCAGAGGUCAUUGAUAUCUCCCCCUGGCUGGCCUUUGUCCCCCGAAGCCAGCCCCAACUUUGUGCAGGCACCACUCACCUCCCUGAGUGUCCUCCUGCCUCCCAGCUGGCUGCGCUCCCAGCCACUCUCCCUGCCCACGAAUGGGCCAAUGAAGCCCAGAGGAAAUCCUUUGGGCUCACCCCGCAACUGUGGGAUGUGUUUAUCUUGGAGCGCGAGCAGGGGGGUCUGGCCUGGUGGGCUGGGCAAGGCAUGAUGACACUGAGUCCACCCCCACAUGACCCAGAUGAAAGUCAGGAGUGUGAGUACCUCAUGAAGCUUUCCUGGAGCACCAUCUGGGAGUUUCGGGAGCAACUGUCUCAGAGCUGGGCCCUGGAGGACAACGCGGUCCUCAGGAACCUUCAAACUUCCAUGAAGGAACUCACAAGGAAACACUGGGACCUGCCACCCCCAGGUGAGCUCCAGCACCAGGUCCCGUCCCGAGUCACCCUCUGGGACAGUCAGUGGUGGGGAGUGCCCUGGCCCCAUCAGCCCUCCUACCUGGCCUUCCUCCUGCACCUCUUCUUCCUCCUCUUCCUCCUCUACUCUAAGAAACUCAAAUGGGUCUGCCGGUCCUCAGGGCAGGCUCUGAGAGCAUGUGUGUGUGUGCUGGACAUGCUGUGUGGACAGGCAGGGGUCAUGGGCAGGACCCCACAACACCCCUCCCCGACUUUCCACAUUGUCUCCCUCACCCCCUCAAAGGGUCCUGAAGGGCAUUGGGGCAGUCAGACCGAGCUGUGGAAGCCCCCACCCCCACCUCCAAGCAACCUCAGAGAACAGCAAGGGCCCCUCACUCCUGAGUGCCCCUCCAAGGGCUGCACACAGCCCUCGCCCUGGGAUCAGCAGCCUGCAGGGGUGUCCUCAGUGUCAGGCCAGGGGGCCACACAGGGACCCCGAGGACUCCAGAGGCCCCGGUCUGUGGGGCCCGCCCUGAAGGGACCCAACACGCUCAGGCCCAAGGCCCAGGUCCAGAGGGACCUGGCUUCAACCCGAGUCCUAGGAGGAGAGGGGCACCGCAGGCCUCCAGGUGACCACGCAGGGGACCAGGGCACUGCAAGCCCUGAUGCUGUAAGGAUUAACAUCAGAGAACCUGGGCAAGCCAGGCCAGAGACGCUGAGCCCGUGCAGUGAUGAGGAUGUGGGGGGCUGGCUCAAGGGGGUCAACAGCUGUGAACACUGCUGCCUCUUCCCGGCCUCAUUGCUGCAGUGCAGGCAGUCUGCACCCCGGAGACUGGCCCACCAGCACCCCGAGUGCCCUAGUCCGCUAUGCCAACAUGGCACCCAGAGACUUCGCAGCCCUGCCUGCCGCACCACCCCCCUCCUGGAAGCCUUGUCCUGCAACCUAGCCCCUGUCGCAGCCACAGCAGGCACCACUGCCAAGCACCUUCCAGCCGGGCUUCCCAGAGGGCAGAGGCGCCCUGCAGUCAUUGCCUCAGCAGCUCACACUCUGGGAGAAGCAGCCCAAGGAUCCUGCUCGGGCGUCCCAGGCUUAGACGUGAAGAGGCAAGUCCUGCAUGGGGAGGACCAGCCAGUGUUCUCUCCAGAUCUGCCUCUCCCUCCAUGCCGUGCUCUCGGGCCCUUCGUGGUGAAGCCAGGUGGCCGUCCUCCUGCCCCUGCCCCUGAAGGAGAAAGCUCCAAGACCUGCUAUGUUUAUGUCCCCUUCCUGGAGCCCCACCUCCAUGUGUCCACCUACCUCCUCGACAUGCCUGAGCCCCUAUCGCUCUCCUCUCGCAGCAGCCUCAGGUGCAGAGCCCGGGGACUCUGGUCUGACACCGAUGGCUUCUCAACUGCAGUCAGCACACCUGCUGCUCACCAGCCCUGUCCAGGCCAAGUCACAGCCAGGCCCAGCCCUGGAUUCAAGGUUGUUAUUUCGGCAGAAUGCAUCAUCCAGGCAUCUCUGGCUUGUCUCUGCCCCCACUCCCGUACCCUGUGCCCCGAUGCCCUGGGGCUGCUGCUGCUGACAUCUCCUUCCUGCCUACAUCAGACCCAGCUCCCCCAUGUUCAUCCCUGGGGCCUGGGCCACCUGCUGCUCCCGCUGGCUCAUCCACUGCCCAUUACUAAGCCACACACAGCUCAUCGACCUACAGCCACACUUGUCAUACCACCGCAGCUGACACGGCUGCGGGAGCGUCACGCUCAGGGAAGUCGGCGAUGGUUGUUUCCCAGCUGCUUUGCAAUUUGCUGA